AACACACUAGCAUUCAGACAAGCCGAGGCAAAAUCUCUACAUAUAGUUGCUACAACCCGCUAUAGGUGACGGUUGCUUGGUUCUGUGACCGCUUCUCAUCGAUUCUUGACAGCACGCCAUCGCUGCGGCACUUGCAAUGACCUCGCUGCACAAUGCGCUGCGGCGCCGCAUACCGCACUACCUCCUCAGCCUUUGCGUCGCAUGCUUGGCAACAACAAUCGGUGUCGUAGUCUGGGAAUUAGCGGGAGACGAGUCCUUCCUCACGGGCUCGGCGCCGUGGCUUCAUAUCCGACACGCGCACGGGUUCUCCUACGCGCACAUGCCUUCACUACAGAACAAAACGGCCGUCGUCACAGGAGCCUCCUCUGGGUUAGGUUUGGCCGUGGCCCGAGGGCUCGCAGAUGCAGGAUGUACCGUCAUAACCACGGCCCGCACCUUCGACAAGUGCGCCAAAACGACAAAAACCGUCGGAUCGGGCACGUGCGUCGCGAUGGAGCUCCUCGAGCUGAAGAGCGUCUACCGCGCGGCGCGCGUCGUGAAGGAGAUGGCUCCAUCAGGAAUCGACUUCCUCGUGCUCAACGCCGGUAUUAUGAUGCCUCCGUUAUCGAUAAGUGAGGAUGGCCUCGAGGCGCAGUUCCAGACGAACCACCUCGGGCACUUCGUCUUGGUGAACGAAGUGCUCCCUUUGUUAAAUGAAGGGGCGCGCGUCGUCGCCGUCAGCUCGGUGGCGCAUCGGUUCAGUUCCCAAGACGAGCUCUGGACGGCCGAGAAGCUUAAUGACCGUCAGACGUACAACAAGUUGCGGUGGUACGGCUGGUCGAAGCUCUGCAACAUACUCUUUUCGAGGGAAUUACAUAGACGGUAUGACGUCCACGCGGUCGCGGUCCACCCCGGCGCGGUCCGCGGGAACCUGUUAAGGUUCGUCCCGGCGCCGUGGUUUGUAGUCAGGGCGUUCGAGCGCCUGUUCUACUGGGACGCGGCGACGGCGGCCUUAACCGUGCUGCGCCCCCUCGUCGAUUCUACAAUAGAGCCGGGGAGCUACCUCGUGCCCGUGGCGCGGCCCCACGUAUCCUCGGACCGGGCCGCCGACGCGGAGCUCGGCGUGCGGCUCUGGAGCGCGUCCGAGGUGCUGGUCGCGGACAUCCGCCACGCGAACGGGAACUAUAGCGAUGUAAUGUAUUCAAGUUAACUUA